AUGUCCCAUCCAGCAUACUUGGGCAUUCUGCUUCACACUUCAAAGUAUCCUCACCAAGCAUGUAAUGGUGUACUAUUAGGGACGGUCAAACCAGGCGGAGAAACGACUGUUGAGAGGAGCCUUCCCUUGCUUCACAAUUGGACAGGUCUGAGUCCAAUGAUGGAGAUUGGUCUUGACUUGGCCGAGACACAUGCGACAACAUUAAAACUGAGCAUUGUUGGGUAUUAUCAAGCCACCCCGAAUUUUCAUGACCGUGGGCUUGGUCCAGUUGGAGAUAAAGUAUUGGCAAAACUGCGUCAAAAAUCUCCCAACGCUCUUGGCUUACUGGUUCACUUGGACGAGCUCACACCUAAAUCUCAUUUAGAGACGCCUGGUCUCGUGGUGUGUCACUCGUGUUAUCUUUUGCCCACUAUACUAACACCGGACUUCAGACAAUUUCUUCCUCUCAGGUCACCCUUCAGAACCGCCAGUCAGUUGCUCGAGUCUUGGAACUGA